AUACGUGUACGUGUACGUGCAUAAAAAUACUUUUCUGUGAUUGGUUGGUAUACUUGGUAAUCUUUUGGUAUACCAGAGUGUUAUACGUUCUUACCACAGGCCGCAACCAUAAUACCAUGAAGUUGGAUCUAGUUCAACUAUUUCCGUUCGAACGGUCCACUCUGGGUGAUAGCAGCAAUCACAAAUUUAAAAAUCUUUAAAUAAUUUUUAAUUUUUAUAUAAUUCAAUUUAAUUUUAAUAUAAAUAAUUCCUUCAAGGCUUUAAAUUAUAUUCUUUAAAAAGUUUAUUUAUACUAUACUAAGUUUAUUUACACUAUGAAGCCGGGCCAAGUCAUAGGAGUGCUGUGCAAUGUUUGCAAACAGAUAAUCAAAAUAACUGAUAAAAAUCAUAUUUGCACAUUUGCUGAACGCCCAGUUUUCCAACCAAUAAAACCAAAAACUCAACGGACACCCAUUUCGACAACCAUUUCAACACCUAUUUCGACAACCAUUUCAACACCCAUUUCGACAACCAUUUCAACACCCAUUUCAACAAAUAAAUUCCAAAAAUUUAAUGAUGAUUUUUUAAGCCUUACGCAUGAAACAGAAUAUCUCGAAGAAGUAAUUGAACAGAAAGAACCAGAACACGAUGAUGACGAUGAUGUAGAAAUGUUGUCGACAUUAAUAAAUGCAAUUCGUCAACGUCAUCCUUUGUGGGACCAUAGGCUUCCUUUAUCGGCUAGAUUCGAACCCAUAAAAAAAUCGUUGUGGAAUGAAAUAUAUGUCGAAUUAAAUGGUGAAUAUACUAUUGAUAUUUUAAAAAAAAAAUGGAGAUAUUUAAGGGAAAAAUAUACUAGAGAAAAUAAAAAACCAAAAAGUGGCAGUGGUAGUGAAAAAAGAAGAAGUUGGGUACAUAUGCAAUCUUUGCAGUUUUUGGAUGAUAUCAGCACAAAAAAUAAAAAAACCUCCAGCAACUUUUCACUUACUUCUGAUAUUCCAGAAAUAAAUUCAGAAGUUACACCAUGUAAAAGGAAGAGAGAUGAAUUAUCCUUUCAUGAAGCCAUCCUAAACGAAAUUCAAGCAUCCAGGCCAAUACCACCACAACCAUAUUAUGAACAGCCUCAAGAAGCUGAUAAUGAAGACACUAGUUUUGCUAAAUAUAUUAUUAACAUUAUGAAACACAUACCUAAAAAACAGAAAAUCGCCCUUCAAAGUGAAUUUAUUUCAAAGUUGGUACAGUAUAUUGAUGACUAAUAAUCAUUUAUUUUAUAUAAAUUUGUUAUUG